GCGUGAUUGUACAACAUGUAAUCUUCUAAAUUUGUUGAAGAAAAUUUUACUUUUAAGCGUUGGGUUUUCCCUAUUGAUUCUUCAGUGCUCAAUCAACGAUCGUUGAACUGGUGAAACAAACUGGAACACUGAUCGAUUUGAAUAUUUCAAACUUCGGGGCGAUCUAAUCUGAAGAAACUUCUCUUGUGUAAUGGAUGAUUACAACUAUCUCUUCAAAAUCAUCCUGAUUGGAGAUGCGAACGUCGGAAAAACAUGCUUGGUGAAAAGAUUUGCUAAGGGUUUCUUUACGCCUUCUCAGGGCCCUACAAUCGGCGUGGAUUUCACGAUACGAACCGUGGAAGUCGAUGGUGAAAGAGUAAAGCUGCAAGUAUGGGACACUGCUGGCCAAGAACGCUUCCGUUCUGUCACACAGAGUUACUACCACAAUGCUGAUGGAGUCAUUAUAACAUAUGAUAUCACCAGUAGAAAAUCAUUCGACAACCUGCAACAACAUUGGCUUGAGGACGUCCGUAGAUUUACCAGCAAGAAAGUGCUUAUGUAUAUUGUGGGCAACAAGAGUGAUUUGUCGCAAGAAAGACAAGUGGAUUUCAGGAGUGCACAAAUGAUUGCGGAGGAAGAACACUGUGAUGCCAUGGAAACAUCCGCCAAAGAAGCAGACAAUGUAGAAAACUUGUUUGAGAGUUUAGCAACCCAGUUGAUGAGAAAUAUUAAAAAUGUGGAGGGUAACGAAACAAAAGACAAUUUAUCUCCAGAUGAAAAUGGCACUAAAGACAUUACUCUGGGAGGCCAUUCAAUUUGUGCGCGGGGACUGAUCUCUUGUUGUAGAGUAUAGAAAUACUGAUAACAUCAAAGAUUCAAAGAGCAUGGAUUUAAAACUCAACAAAAGUAUACCCCCCUCCCCCCCUCAAAAAAGAAAACUGUUAUGUCAUGUAGAAGAACUUCACUGGAAAUAAUAAAAUUUGCAUUUUUAUGAUUUCACCCUAAUGGGAAGAAUUAAACUUCCCCAUUUAUGAAAUUAAGUACGACAUAGGGUGUUUGUAUAGAAUACUGAUAUUACAGCCACACAAAACCAGUUGAUAAGUUUAAAUACCUGAUUCAGUCAAAUAUCAAUUGUUAAAGGAGAAAGAUCAUAUAAAUAUUGUAUAUAAUUAGCUUUUUGGAAACAGUCUAUAUUUAGUUCAUGAUAUUUUUAUGUACAACGGAAGAUUUUCUGCAAAAAGGAUCAAACAUCUCUCCGUGUGAAGCUACAACAAACUGUAAAUUAUUUCUUUUUUUUUUUUUAUAAUCUGUGUUGAACCUUACCUUCUCAGGUCUCUUUCAAAAUCAUCAAUUUUUAGAUCCUUUUAAUAUGUAAGUAAUACAGUUUUUCUGACAAUUUUCAAUAAGUAUCUCUCCCUUUGCAAAUCUUUUCAGAAAAAAAAAAAACAGGAAUUAAAGUAGUUUUUAGUUUUUGCAAUAAACGUGAUGAUUUUUGAAGGCAAA